CAAACGGGAUCGCACGCUGCAGGACGGGGGCGUGCGGGGCGCGUACAGCGUGUCGGCAGCGGGGAAAGGAGGGAUUCUCUGAGGGAGUUACCCUGUUCUUCAGCUCGGGCCCUCCCGGCUGCGGUCGGGGGCCAGCACGGGACCUCGCCCGCUGCUCCCGGGGGCUUGGGGGAUCCACCGAUCCGCACUCAACCUCCCCCCCGGGCCCCGCCGCCAUCACGGCGGGAAGGAGCCGAGGGCCGGGCAGGGAACGUGAGGGAGCGGAGGGAGCUGAGGGAACGUGAGGGAGAGCGCGACGCGCCUGGCUCCGCCCCCGCCUCCCCCCGCCCCGCGGCGGCCGCCAAUGCGAACGGGGAGGCCGCUGACGUCACGGCGGCUCGUCCCACAGGAGCGGCGGCUGCGGCGGUGGCGGCCAGUGUGUGUUCUGCCGCGUCCGCAGCACCGGGCUCGGCGCGUCGCUCCGCCGCGGCGGCAGAAGAGCGGAGGCCGCGCCAUGUCGCGGCUCAGCCCGCAGGAGGAGAACUUGCAGGGUUCCUGGGUGGAACUCCACUUCAGCAGUAAUGGAAACGGCAGUGGAAACACUGUCACUCUGACGGGCCAAGAACAAGUACCAGCCUCUAUUUCCAUUCACAAUGGUGACAUGGAGAAAAUACUCCUUGAUGCUCAACACGAAUCUGGACGAAGCAGUUCAAGAGAAAGUUCACAUUGUGACAGCCCUCCUCGUUCCCAGACACCUCAGGACAGUCACAGAGCUUUGGAAAUAGAGAGUCACAGCAGUGGAGAAAAGAAUAGCUUUCAGUCUGAAGAAGAUUUUCUUGAAAGGAGGAAAGAAGUAGAAAGGCUCCUGAAGAAGAAUGCGGAUUGGAUAUGGGAUUGGUCCAGCAGGCCGGAGAACAUCCCUCCGAAGGAAUUCCUCUUUAAACAUCCCAGGCGCACCGCUACACUCAGCAUGAGAAAUACCAGUGUCAUGAAGAAAGGGGGGAUAUUCUCAGCAGAAUUUUUGAAGGUUUUUCUCCCAUCUCUGCUUCUUUCUCACUUGCUUGCCAUUGGACUAGGGAUUUACAUUGGAAGACGCCUUACGACCACAGCUUCAAGCAGUACCUUUUAAAGGCACCCGAAAUCUGUUUCGGAGCAAGGAAACUACUUGUCUGGGAAUGCGGGAGGUGAACAGCAGAAACAACGUCUCGGCUACCGAUGACUGCGUGAUCAGCGUGUGCUUCUGUGAUGUUGUGUUCCUAGUUUAGUGAGUGGGAAAAGAGAUGCUAAAGCUUGUGUAUUGUGUGUAGCCCUCUGGGUCGGUUUGUAGAGCGUGUUUCAGGUGCAUUAACAUCUGGUAUAUGGCUUUGUAGUGAAGCAGCUUUGAAAAUCGAAAGAACUUGAUGUUUAAAAACAAUCCUAGCUUUAAUAUAGCAAUUGUGGUUCAGCUAGGUAUUCAUCUAAACUGCUGUUUCUUUGUACGUCGUAGCUGUGAAUAUUCGUCACUGCUGCUGUAAUCAUGACUGUAAGGGAUUAGCCCAAACCACUGUGUGGCCUUAUGUAUCGUACAGGGAAUUCCGAGCAGCUUUUGCCUCCCCCGAGGCAGUCUCUCCCUUCCGUAGGGUUUGCCUGGCUCGCUCUCGCUUUUGUGGAGGUGCGAUGUGUUGAGAGACAGCCAGCUGGGAGGAACUGCCGUGCGAGCCCAACUUCUAUCCCUUUGUCACUGGUGCAGUGUGGUGCACUACAGCCUGAGUUUAAAUUUGGACUUUGUGCCUAAUGAAUAGCUGCUUCUGCAAAGGCAUUUAUUUAACUCCCCAAUUAUUAGAAGUUUCCUCUGCUGUAUCUGCUUGCAGACUCUUGCUUCUCGGCUUCUCUUUUUAUCUGUAAAAUAAUAAAUUUGCAUCUUACGUUUGCUUCAUCCUUGUAUAGAUUUAAAUGCGGUUGCUUGCUUAUUUGUUUUUACUAAUGGAAUGCCUUUUCAUUCAGUGAUUUUAUCUUAUUUAAUGAGAGAAAAAUGAAUGUUUGCCAAAAUACCAUGUUUUAUAUAUUUAAAUAAAAAGGUUCCU